CUGGGCUUCGGGUCCUUCCUAGGAAUCGUUGGCAUCCACCUGGUGGAGAAUCGAAGACAGAUGCUGGCGGCGGCCCUUGUGUUCAUCAGCUUCGGCGUGGGGGCGGCGUUCUGCUGCGCCAUCGUGGACGGCGUGUUUGCGGCACGGCACAUCGAGCCACGGCCCCUGUCCAUGGGGAGAUGCCAGUUCUACUCCAGCGGGGUUGGCUACUUGUACGACGUCUACCAGACAGAGGUCACCUGCCACUCCGUGGACGGCAAGUGUGCGCUGCGGGUGCGGAGCCACACCUGCUACUGCUGCGACCUCUACGCCUGCGGGAGCACGGAGUCCUCGCCUGCCUACUACGAGUUUGUCGGCGUGCGCGGCUGCCAGGACGUGCUGCACCUGUACCGCCUGCUGUGGGCCUCGGCGGUGCUGAACGUGCUGGGCCUGCUGCUGGGCAGCGUCACGGCCGCCGUGCUGGGGGCCUUCAAGGACAUGGUGCCCCUGACCCAGCUGGCCUACGGCCCAACCCCCCCGCCGCAGACCCUCUACAACCCAGCCCGACAGAUCCUGGCCUAUGCGGGCUUCGGCCCCACGCCCGAGACCGUGCCCGCCGGCUCGCCCUACCCUCUGCCGCUUCAGGUAGGGAGCAGGAUCCCAAGUGCACCCUCUGCAGCCUUCCCUCUGCCCGAGGACGUGCAGCCUCCCCCUCCGCACGGCUCCAGCUCCGGGCCACCCCCGCGGGCCCCACCACACUACGCUCCGGCCUGUCUCCUCCCGGGGGAGAAGCCACCCCCCUACGCGCCCUGA